AUGCCCGUGCAGCAGCAACCGCGAAGGGCUGCGGAACCAGCUCUAGAAUCACUUGCGAGACUGCCUUCGGAAUCCGUGGAGCCGGCUGUCGCAGUGCAAGUCUCUCUUCGAACGGAUCCCCCUUGUGUUCAUAGCAGUCCCCGUGCAAGGAAGACGGUCACUGCUCUCGAUCCUGGGCAAGCAGUGAGGAAAGUGCUCAAGGAAGAGGCACACGAGUCCAUGGAGAGGUGGAGUAUCGUUCACGAUCGGGAACCAGGCAGGUUGUCGACUGCCUCGUUCCCUUCUGUGACGGGUAGAUACAGCAAUCUUAGUACCCUUCAUGCGAGUGACGGCAGCGGUACUGGUGCCAGACGGAGGAGUAAGCAAGAUGGAACAAGGAAUUACGAAGUUACCAUGCUGACAGCAUGGCAGUUUUUCAAGGAACUGCAUGAAGUAGUGCUUGAAACGGGGGACCUCCGGGACUAUAUCUGCCAUACCUACGGCGUGCGUCGACGUCAGGAGUCAGGUCUAAGCUGCGCCAAGCGCUCGCGAGGCGUUUGCAAACAAAGACGGCAUGGAAGGGUUCUGACGCCUGCCUGCGAAAGAGUUGAUUACACCCUCAGCGGCGCAUCUCUCCCUACUAGUACAACCUCUUCUGUGCGAUGCACGGCUUCGCUUGCGUCUUCUUCCGUUUCUACAACAGCCAUGGCGGCGCCAACUCGUGCCACGCCAGCGUCGGUCUCGACAAAUUCCUACCAGAUGGAUCCGAGAAGGCCGGAGGGGCGUAGCAUCGCACCGGCUGGCCUGGGGCACGCCGUCCGACGGGAGGAACGCGCUCUGGUUGACAUGCUACUGGCCCGUACCUUCAGUCAAAUCGAUGAAACCGAGGGUCUUGACACAGAAGGCUCCUUUGCCGCAUCUCCUUCGUCAAGCGACUUUUCCGACAGCCUGUGCUUCUUAGAUGCGGUCCUGGAUGCCUUGGUGGAGGAUUCGUCUGAAGAAGUGUAUGUGUCUUGA